CUCUUACUCGUUACAUGUUAAAUGCAAGUCAUCCUGACUGCUUCAUUUUUUGAGCAGCUGUGUAGUUAGGGAGGGCGUGUCUGUUUUUAUGUGGGUCAUUCAAAAAAGCACUGCUUUUAGUUCAUAGUGAGUUGAAGGCGACAGCCGGGUUGUAGUCCUUGACGCAUCUGAACCCCCUCGCUAGCUAGCUACUUUUGAAUAAAACCACAUGGAGUCUCAAAACACUAAUGUGACAGAAAACGCCAAGGCGAUGCUCAAGAACGCGAAGACACUCAAGCUCCACACGGGGAACUUGGUGAUUCGAAGUCGUCUGAAGAAGAAGUGUCCGUCUUCUCCAAGUGAAGAGCUUCAAGACUGCAUUCGAGCGACGCUGAUCGAUUGGCUUUCCACAACACAACUACCUUCAGAAGGGGGUGUUUCGGACACCGUGGACUGCUCCAUCCCUGAGGCCACAGAGGCCAUCAAACCGGAGGAAAGAGAGGAGCUGAAGGUUUCUGUGAAACUGUUCCUGUGUGAGACCGAUCAGUCGUCCAUCCCAGAGGCCGUGGAGAUGGCCUGUCAGACGCUUGCUGUGUCUCAGCUGGACUCUGUGAUCAUCGCCCCCCGGGGGCUCCCCGAAGGCGAGGUGCAGACGUUGGCCCACCUGCAGCCCGCCUGGGAGGUGUUGGAGGCGUUGGUGGGGUCCAAGAAGAUCGCGGCCAUCGGCACCUCGGAUCUGGACAAGGAUCUGCUGGAGCAGCUCUACAAGUGGUCUCAGGUGAAGCCCAGCAGUAACCAGGUGAACCUGGCCUCCUGCUGUGUGAUGCCCCCUGACCUCACAGCCUUCGCUAAGGACUUUGACAUUCAGCUGCUCACACACAGCGACCCAAAAGAGCUGAUGUCGUCGUCCGCGUUCCAGGAGGCCGUGCAGGAAAGCACCAAGGAGCUGGCUGUGGCCGACUGGAGGCUGGAGUGGGUACUGCGCUACUCCAUCAUAGUGAAGAGCAGGGGCAUCAUAAAGGCUAAGGGCUACCUGGUCAACGGCAGGAAGGCUAGUCCCUAGCAGGGCCCAGGAGAGGAGGAGACACUGCGAUGAAACUACUGCGCCUCCACUUCGUACACACACAAUCGAAAUCAAUGUCAUUUUUUAUAAUUUGCAUUCAUUCUACAUAGUUGUGACUAGAUUAUUUAGUAUCAUUUUGGGGGGGUUCUUUUUUUUUUUAAAGAAUAGUAUUUUACUUAAAUGGGCAAUUCACAUUUCCAAGUUCUCAGUCGUAUUUGAAAAUCCUUCAUUGGUAAAUAUAAACGUGUGUGUGUGUGUGUGUGUGUGUGUGUGUGUGUGUGUGUGUGUGUGUGUGUGUGUGUGUGUGUGUGUGUGUGUGUGUGUGUGAACUACCCUGGUUUAUUGAUGCUGCUCAUUGUGACCAAUGCAUUUAUACUUUUCUCUUACCACUCGCCAACAAAGUGUAGGCUUCAUUUUAAUAUGAUAUAAUCAUGAAGGUGGCUGAUCGCAAUUUGGUUUCUGAAACUUGUCCCGACAUGAAGUGCCUCUUUUUCUUCUGUAUAAUAUUUUCUAAUGAUUACUACCUGCCUCGUUAUAGCUGGAGUUGUGCAUCUAUAUCUAAUACUGUUGGUGGGAAUGAAAAUAUUGUACUGUGUUCCCUCAAAAGACGAUGGCCUGAUUUGACAGCGGGAAUCAACCUAUCGAAAAUGAAAGAAUAUACAGAGAAAUGUGGGCAAAAAGAAUAUUGGUGUAUGUUUUCAAAACAAAUACUUUAAACAACGUUCGAAGCCUGUGUUCCACUGAAAACCAUGUACUGUAUCAAAAGACUAGUGGAAAAUGAUUCAAGCAGUCAAUGUUUGAAAGCCGUGCAAGACCUUUGCAUGUUGGCUUUCACCACUGGAAAUCAUUUUUAUGGAAACUAUUACAUUAACACAAUCUGCAGAAUGGUUUUAUUUAUUAAAUCUUAAAUUAAACAUUUAUAUCAAACUUAAUCGGGGAAUGUAAACAUUCAUAAUAAAUAGUUUGUGCAAAGCACUA